CUUACUUUCCCCCUCUGUCCUUCACUGCGGAGCUCUCCUGCAUUCCCCCCAUCACUCAACGCCCCUUUGGACGUCCACUAUCACUAUCGUGAUUUCUUCCCCGUCGGAAGCCCCCCCUAAAAAUCCUUUAAGAGAACCUUUAUUCUGAGACGCGCACAGGAAUCCCCUUGGCGCGUUUCCCACUUCUUGAACAACCGCAAUCAUGGCGCCCUCUAAGCAGAAAGCCCAGAAGAUGUCUCUGGGCAACUUCUUGGCCGAUGAGAACUUCGGCUCUUGGGCUGAUGAGAUGGAGGACAUGCCUUUGCCUGCCGCUCCCGCCCCGUCCAGCUUCGGCCGCUCUGCUGCGCCUUCUUCUGGUUUCGGAAGCAGCUUUGGUGGUGAGCGUGAGCGUGGUGGCUACGCCGUGAGAGAGCCCCUUCCUCUUCCCACCCAGCCCCCCUACACUGCCCAUGUUGGAAACCUGUCCUUUGAUGCGACUGCCGCCGAUAUCUCCGACCUCUUUGCCGACUGUGGUGUCACCAACGUCCGUAUCGUGGAGGACAAGUUGACCAAGGCCCCCAAGGGCUUCGGAUAUGUCGAAUUUGAGACUGUUGAUGGUCUGAAGAAGGCUCUUGAUCUUUCCGGUGCUACCCUCCAGGGACGUGCCAUCCGCACCAGCAUUGCCGAACCUCCCAAGGAACGUGAUGUCAAGGAGUUUGACUGGACCCGCAGAGGUCCUCUGCCCGAUAUUCCCCAGCGCCGUGUGCCCGAUCGUUCCUCUUUCGGACGCAACCUCGACAACGUGUCUGAUGCCGGCAGCGAACGGGGUAGUGGCCGCCGCAACUUUGAGAGUGAUGGAAAGUUCCGUGAUUUCAGCAACUGGGAACGCAAGGGCCCUCUCUCUCCCCCGCCUGCACCUGUCCGGGAAGGUGGCCGUUCCCGCAACGACGAAGGACCUGGUUUCAGAAGAAGCUCCCCCGCAUGGGGUGAGGGACGCUCCCAGGAUGGCUCCCGCCCCCCGAGACGCGAAUUCCAAGAACGCACCCCCACCGCGGCUGAACUCGAUAACGCAUGGAGAUCCAAGAUGCGCCCCGAUCAGCCCCCCAAGGAGGCCAGCAACCCUCCCUCUCCUGCUGCCGCUCCUGCCGCCCCCGCUACUCGUCCUCGCUUGAACCUCCAAAAACGGACUGUGACUGAGGCCGUCUCCAGCCCCUCCGCCAACACCGAGUCCAAGGCUAGCCCAUUCGGUGGUGCCCGGCCGAUUGACACCGCCGCUCGUGAGAAGGAGGUUGAGGAACGUCGCCAGAUUGCCAUCCGCCAAAAGAAGGAAGCGGAUGAGAAGGCCAAGGCCGAGAAGCCCGAGAGGACUGAGAAGACCGAAAAGCAGCGUCCUGCCAAGGAGCAGCCCAAGGCUGAGAAGUCUGGUACACCGGCUGAUCCCAACGGCCGCGAUGUCGCCGAGCACGCCCAGGGCGGCACGAACUUCGAGAUCCUCCGGCGGGCCGGUGAGGACGAGAGCGGUAUGACUGCCGAUCAGGACCAGACGGAGGAGGCCGCUGCUGCUGCCAAGAAUGCCGAAGCCUCGACCAACGCUGCCCCCAGCAAGGCGAAUGGUAACUGGAGGGCCGGGCCUGCCGAGGCUGGAGCCGACGACGAGGGCUGGAGCACCGUGAGCUCGAAGCAGCGCAACAACCGCCGUGGCGGCCGCACGUUUGCAUAGAUCAAUGGAUACCCCCCCAAGCUCGUCAUCGCUUGACCGAAAACCUGGCGCCAUGAUCCCCGACGUGCGUAUUAUGAAGCGACCAAACUCUUUUGCUUCUGGCUCUAGUUGGGUCACCGAAUGCGCAACACUCGUGGAGAUGGCCAGGUGAAUUUUGGUUAACGCCGAUGUCCGUUUGUUUUGAUGUUGUUCAGAGUCGUCCUCAACUUCUUUCGCUUUCUCCUUUCUCUUCCUACGGGUUGCCGCCUCCGUCUAGAUCUAGGAUUCAGGUCUAGUCCUUGUUUCUUCCGUCAAGCAUGUCGAAAAGUUUGUUCUUUUCCCCAAAUUUCCUAGUGUGUGUUCUUCACGUUUCUCUGAGCUAGUUAUUCCCAUAUACGUGGAUGAAGUGUUAUACAGCAAUGACCCUUAUGGCUGAUGCGAAGGAAGAAGAGUAUACGUUUCUUUUCACUUUAUCUUAUG